CACAUACUUGACAUAGUCAGUAGAUCUAGCUUGCUCUGUCUACUACACGAACGGUGGCUUUGGCGCUCCGCUGCUUUCCUAGGCUCUGGUUUCUUGUGUGUGCCGGCGGCGGCAAAAUAACUUCAAGUCAAGCUGUUGCUCUCCAAUACGAUCGAACACAUUACCUGAGGACUGCUCGCUGCAAAACAGCCGCUACAGGCAGUAAGCUAUCGACUUGUAAACGCUAUCAAAGCUAGAUUGUGGCUGGUGCCGAAAGAACAGAGCAUCAGCGGAGCACGGUUUGGUCCUGCUCCAUACACCACUGGGACGGUGGCUCAAGGCGUUGGAACGACUGCUCUCUUCAGCUGAAUACUGGAGUAUUGUGUGCACCGGCAGUCGCAGCAAAAUAACUUCCAGUCAUUUUCGCUCUCCAGUUGUAUCAACUCAUCGAACACAUCACUGUAGGAGUGCCAACUGCGAAACAGCCGCUACAGGCGAGAAACUGUCGAUCUGCGAGUUAGAGCGCUGCUCGAGCUGGAUAGUAACCUGGUUGGUGGCUGCCAGUAUCUGUAACCGUACUCCACGCUGUAUUCGCCUGGCUGUAGUAUGGCGCUUCACAAAGUCAUCAUGGUGGGUAGCGGCGGUGUAGGCAAGUCCGCACUGACUCUACAGUUCAUGUAUGACGAGUUCGUGUCGGACUACGAGCCAACCAAGGCGGACAGCUAUCGCAAGCAGGUGGUGCUGGAUGGGGCCGAGACCCAGAUUGACAUUCUGGACACGGCGGGCCAGGAGGACUACGCCGCCAUCCGCGACAACUACUUUCGCAGCGGCGAGGGAUUCCUGUGCGUCUUCAGCAUCGUGGAGAACGAGUCGUUCCACGCCACGUCGGAGUUCCGAGAGCAGAUACUGCGGGUGAAGCAGAACGACCGCGUGCCAUUCCUGCUGGUCGGCAACAAGUGCGAUCUGGACGAUAAACGCCAGGUGUCGACCAAGGACGCCCAGGACCGGGCCACGCACUGGGGCGUGCCGUACGUCGAGACAUCGGCCAAGACUAAGCAUAACGUGGACAAGGUGUUCUACGAUCUGAUGAGAGAAAUCCGGGCGCGCAAAGCGGCGGAGGGUGACGAUGGCGUGGCGCCGAAGAAAAAGAAGAAGAAGGGCAAGUGCGUUAUCCUGUGAACAGUGAGCAGCGGCUUUUUCUGAUAACUUAGUAACCAAUCUUCUCUUUGAUCCACCAUGCCGCAUCUGGCUGUUCAGUGUCGCUCUGUCAGACGGUGGAUAUAAUUUCUGCGCAGGUGUGUGUAUAUGUACAGAACGCUAUGAUUGUGUAUACACUUGUGAACUUAUCAUAUUGUGUGUGUGUGUGUGUGUGUGUAAGUAGGCACCAGUUCAAUGACGUAUCGAGCACAGUAGCACUCGAAUUCUCUUGAGCUCUGCGCCGAUGUGGCUGUUUUCCGGUGCUUUUGAGAGGGCUGGCCACCAAAUCCUUUUGUUAUUAAUUAAGGAAGAUUAUGAUCCAUUAUAGUGACUAGGCGUGGGGGGUCCGUGAUGCUGCUUUUUUCCCACUGAUCAGACCUUUCCCAGUUUUUGUUGCAGUUGUUGUGCCAAUUGUUUAUUCUUUGGUGUUCAAAUGUACAUGCUGGUAUGCACUGGAAGUACUGCUUGGUGAGAACUCAUCCGAUACGCUUCUUAUGCCUCCUGUCUGGGGGUUUCCCCAGUAGUCUCAUCCAAGAAAUUUAGGAAUAUAUUUUCUUUAUAAUAAUUUUGUGGAGUAUAGACCACUGCACUGUGCCCUUGCUACUGCACUUAUCAACUGGAGUCUGAAAGCCCAA